UAUAUCCUAAUCAGAAGACAAAGAUUGCUUCUUCCCUCUAUCUAUUGCUCCCAGGUACAAAGGGGGCGUUCUUCCUCAAAUUUAAACACAACUCCGACAAAGGAAAAACGAAGAACCCCCCAAACCACAAGAUCUUUCGUUUCUUGUUUAAUUUCUUGAGAGAGCGGCAAUGAUGGCCAUUUCAGGAAGAGCGGCUUUAAUCCUUUGUCUAGCUGUGGUAAUUAGGUCUUGCGAAGCCCGUGGCGGGGUCAACCCAUUGGUGCAUCGAGCUCAUGGAGCUAGCCAUGGCAUUGUCGACCCGAGUGAGAAGAUCUUUGAUGUUGUGCAAUUUGGAGCCAAGCCAGAUGGACGACAUGAAAAUUCAUUGCAAUUCCAGAGGACGUGGACAGCGGUAUGCCAGUGGCCAGGGAAGGCGAGGAUGGUGAUCCCACUGGGAAGAUUCUUAGUGGGCCCGCUCGUUUUCACAGGCCCAUGCAGAAACCGAGAGCCCAUAGUUGUGCAGAUCAAGGGGACGUUGCUGUCCGCAUCACCAGACCAAUUGGACGACUUUCCCAUGGAUGUCGACAAUUGGGUUCAAUUCUAUGACAUCAAUGGGCUUAUUGUGAUUGGAGGAGGCACUCUUGAUGGCCAGGGUGCUGCUUUCUGGUCGCACAGUCUUGGUGGCCAAGGUCCAGGCCUCCCAGUUAAUUUGAUGUUCCAGAAAGUCACGAACGCGAUCGUUCGCAAGCUCUCCUCGGUCAACCCCAAAGGGUUUCAUAUCGGAGUCGUCCAGUGCAACAACAUUAGAUUAUACAACCUUCGCAUUGUCGCGCCCGGAAACAGCCCGAACACCGACGGGAUCCAUAUUAGCAGAUCCAACCUGGUGAAGAUAGCAAGAACCCAGAUCGCCACCGGCGACGAUUGCAUCGGCAUGAUUCAAGGUUCUACCAACAUUAGCAUAAAAAAAGUAACAUGUGGCCCGGGCCAUGGUAUAAGCAUUGGCAGCCUUGGCAAGUACGAGAAUGAGGCAGAUGUUAGAGGGGUCAUUGUGAAGAAUGUCACGAUUUCAAACACAGAAAAUGGAGUCAGAAUCAAGACAAUGCGAGGUCCAAAGGCAAUAGCAACCCAAGCUUCAAGCAUAAUUUUUCAGGACAUUAUUAUGCACAAUGUGAAGAAUCCUAUCAUUAUAGACCAAGAGUACAAUGCUCAUGGCAAGAAACAGGUCAAUCCAUCGAUAGUUAAGAUCAGUGAUGUUCACUUCAUCAACAUCAGGGGGACAGCAACAUCACCAGUUGCGGUUCAGGUGGUAUGCAGCAAAAAAGUGCCCUGUCAAAACAUCCAAUUCUACAACAUUAACUUGGACUACGUGGGAAGACCGGUGAAAGCUUUGCCUCCUAUUUGCACUUCCACAUGUAGUAAUGCAUAUGGACUGUCCUAUGGAGGCAUCCAAAAGCCCCCAGCUUGCCAUUAGGGUUAUAUUUGGAUUAUCUCGAUUUGAACCCCCAUUCGUUUAAUCUGUAUAGAUGGAGAAGGAGGAAGGUGGCAUUUUCUUGUGGGGUAAAGGGAAACUUUGGAUCUUUGGGAGGAUUGGUUGUGUAGAGAUUCGAACUGCUAUGAUUCAUGCAAUGCCUUGAGAGA